UGUAACUCCGUCGGUCCACCUUAAGCGCACACGCAAACGCAGGAGGCGUAGAACGAGGUUUCCGCUUCUCAGUGGGACUCGGACCGCGGCUCACGAAAAUCACCGUGUGUAACGUUUAAGGUUGACGCACCAAAAUACGGAAAAAAGAGGGCAAAAGCAAGCGAACAAACGGAGCAAAAAUAUGUCUGACUCUAAGUACCGCGAGUGGAUUUUGGACACUAUCGACUCGCUGCGGUCUCGUAAAGCCCGGCCGGACUUGGAAAGGAUUUGCCGAAUGGUCCGGAGACGACACGGGUCCGAGCCCGACCGAACCUGCGCAGAACUGGAGAAACUGAUUCAAGAACAAACCGUGCUGAAAGUAAACUACAAGGGCUCGAUUUCAUACCGGAACGCUGCCAAGGUUCAACGGAGAAGCAGAAAAAAAGACGAUGCAUCGUUAACAACGGCUGCGAGAAGGAACGCGUUGGAAGAAGCCAGUCAUUCUGACUUGAGCAACGGAGACAGCGCUUUUGGUGCCGUGGACCAGGACGAAGAAGAUUUGGAGGCUGAAACCUCAAUGGCUAUGGACACGGAUAGUAAUCCAGACGAGGAGGGGGCUGAGGAGAGCCAGGAUGGGCAGGACAGACCAUCUCCCAGCCAUAAUCACGAAGAUGCCAUUGUGCAUUGUGCCCCUGUGCGAGCCAUUUCUGCCCCAUGCUCUCCCUCUGGCACUCAGCCUGGACCCGACCCUGCUUGCGGCUCUGGUCUGGACUGUGCCUCUUUCCAGAAGGGUGGUGAGAGGCCCAACUCCUUGCCCCCCUCCAGCCCCAGGGCCCUCGCACACAAUGACUGGGCUUAUGAUUCUGCUGUCUGCCCAGUGGAGCGCCAGCACCCAGGAAUGCAAAGAGACAAAGUAGUUGACAUGAAGCCAGCAAUCCACUCCGGGACUAGCAGCCCUUGCACUCUAAACAAUAUAAAGAAAGAAGAUGGAGGCAAGGUGGAGGACAGCAGCCUCUCAUCUGACCAGCUGGUACCAGACUAUGCAGCACGACUGGAUGAGACCAAGAAUGUCUCUGAUGGAAGAUCACAAACAUUGUCCUUGCCAUCUGACAACUGUACGUUUAAGAAGAUAGAUAUGUCCACAACAGCAGCUGAAGACAGCUUUCUAAAUGGUAGCAAAGCCGAUGAUGAAGUUUCAGUGAAGAAGGAGAAAAUGAGUCAGAACUUGUUGCAGUGGACUGUGGCAGAUGUGGCCAGUUACUUCUCAGCUGCAGGAUUUCCAGAGCAGGCCAUGGCAUUUCGAACACAGGAAAUUGAUGGGAAGUCCCUUCUCCUAAUGCAGCGCAGUGACGUGCUGACUGGGCUGUCUAUCCGUCUCGGGCCUGCUCUCAAAAUCUACGAGCGUCACGUAAAAGUGCUGCAGAGGACCCAUUUCCUGGAAUGUGAAGACAUCUGAGGAGAUGAUUGGCUUGGCAGAAAAUGCUGUACUGACUCAAACAUGCAUGCAGUCCCUCUCCCAUCGGGAUCCUAACGCCCACCUUCAUAUACAUUAUAUGUAGAGGGUGUGUUUGGGGGGAAAGGCUGCGGUGGAAUUUACCUUCACUGUGAGAACGACCAGAAACUGAAAGACAGUCAUCCUACCUCUCAUUGUGGUCUUUGGUAUUCGAACAGUUUUCAUUUCACCCCUGUGGCCCCAUCGUGGAGAGAACUGACAGCAGGGAAAGUAUUUUUUCUAAAUGGAGCAGCAGUGACCUUCCUGCAUUUAUAAAACAUUGGGUAAUGCAGACAGUGGAGAGAACUGAGCCUUGCAGCAAGUGGACCACCACAGACCUGACUGUGUAGUGCUGUGGCACAGAGUUGUUACGGGUUGGGGGCAUUCUUCUUGUACCUUCUGUUAGCUCUAAUAGCAAAAGUCACACACACACGCAAACAUAAAGCAUUUAAAUGUCAUCAAAGUGCUUGUCAAAUCAGAUGCUCAAUGUAGCAGCAUCAAAAGUUAAGUUAGUCUCAUUCCUGACAUCAUUCCACCACUAGCAGCUGCUUUUGGAUUAUGUCUUCAGUGCCUUUGCAACACUGAGAUAUCAACCUCAUGAUAUACUAGUACUUGAUAUGUUUUUUGUUGUUGUUUUUUCUUGUGUUGUCUUAAUGACAUGAUUGUGGUCCAACAGUGAAUUUUCAUUUUGGGAAACGAUUCCAGAAAAUUUUGCAGCAUGCAAAAUGUGAUUUUAUAAAAUGAGCAAAUUCAAAUAAUAAACUUUCGAGAAAUGUUAUACUGACUAUAUCAUUCUAAACUCAAUACAGCCAAUCAACAUCUGUUUACAAAGCAGAUAUCUUAAUGAAAUGCAAUAUUUUAUGUUUUAUGUUUACAAAUGGCUUGAUCUCACUUUGUGUUUUGAUCUAACGUCGCCACUUUAAUUGUAACAUUCCACAUCAGUCUGCAUCUCCAGUGUAUGUCUUACCAUUUUGUAAUAUGGACACUUCUUCCAGUCUUAAAUAAAAGUCCAUGUCUCCCUG